AUGGCUUCAAAAGUAAUUAAAAAUCAAGCGGAUUUGUUGUCAAGAUUAGAAAAGGCACAAAUAAACUUUAAGAAGAGUCCGAAAGGUAGAAUCACUAAGCAGUAUUUGGAAACUAGAAUAAAAAAUUUGGAAGAUUUUUAUUUAGAAUUCAAACGAAAUCAUACAGAGCUAAUACAAAUAGUAACAUCGGAACAACUAGAAUCUUUACCAUAUUUUAUAGAAGACGACUAUAAUAAGUUUGAGGAGAUAUACAUAGACCAUGUGACGGAACUAAAAGAGAAGCUUGAAGAAGUGUUCAAUAACCCGAUACCAACAUCGAAUACGAUGACUAGUGACGAUGUUAGAACUGACGAUGAUUUUUUGAAGCGUUUUUGGGAACUAGAAGCUGAGCCAGAUAUGAUUGUUAAGAAAUUUACAAGAGAGGAACAAUUGUGUGAAGAGCUGUAUGAAAAAUCAACUGUUCAAGGGAUUGCGUUUGAAGAAGAGAUCAAGGUUUUAGAGAAUAAAAAGGAUAUACCGAAGAGAAGUCCCCUUCGUACUCUUUGUCCCAUUUUAGAUCGAAAUGGAAUAUUAAGAGUCGGUGGUCGGAUUGAUAAGGCUCACGCAAACCAUAACACGAAGCACCCGAUAAUUAUGCCAGCUAAGUCUCAUCUUACCCAGUUGUUAAUAUCGGAUGCUCACGAAAAAACUUUGCACGGUGGACCGCAAAUCAUGAUAAAUUACAUUCGGACAAAAUAUUGGAUAGUACGCUGUAGGGAUCUAGUAAAACAACAUUAUAGGAAGUGCCUCACGUGCUUACGAUAUUCGAAAGCAUCGAGAGUGCAGUUAAUGGGACAGCUUCCAGAUACUAGACUGAAGCCUUGCAAGCCAUUUACGGCAACCGGUGUUGAUUAUGCAGGCCCAGUCAAUAUUAAGUUUUCUCCAGGUCGAGGGGCAAAGUCUUAUAAAGGCUACAUUUGUCUUUUCGUCUGUAUGGUCACAAGGGCUAUACACAUUGAGGCUGUAACAGAUUUAACCGCUAAGGGAUUUAUCGCCGCUUUUAGACGCUUCACGUCUAGACGUGGACGUUGCCAGGAUUUGUUCAGUGAUAAUGGCACAAACUUUGUUGGUGCGGACAAACAUUUACGAGAAAUGUUUGACUCUGCUAAAUCCAGUUUACCUAAUGAAAUUGCGGAACUUCUUACAUUGGAAUUUACGACGUGGCAUUUUAUACCGCCGCAAUCACCUAAUUUUGGAGGGAUAUGGGAGGCCGGAGUGCGUUGUGCUAAGAACCAUUUGAAACGGGUCAUAGGUGACAGCAUUUUAACGUAUGAGGAAUUAGCUACAGUACUAUCACAGAUCGAAGCAUGUCUUAAUUCUAGGCCAAUUUCUGUUAUUAGUAGUGAAGCAGAUGACCCUCUCCCACUGACCCCAGCCUCCGGUAGAGACCCUGCAUCUGAAUGGGUGUAA